AUGACCGCCUCGAAGGAGAUCCGCCUUUUCGGUGAUCUUUGGCUGCCAGAUCCCGGGAACGCCCUACCAAAGGAUGAGCUUGCGAUUGUAAGAAAGCUGCUCCCUCUGAUUCAACGCUUCGAGGAAGACUGGUAUGGAAUGGCGGAGGUUCCUGAUAUUGCAGAGAGACCAAGUGGAUGGAAUUUAGAUGAGGCACAUGAGGAAUUCAUAGAGAAGGAAGCUGGCUGGUGGAAGAGUCGAGGCGUCACCCGACCGAGACACUUGGUUCGCCCGAGCGGCGAGCUGAAUGCCCCUGUCGCUUGUCACCUCUUUAACCCUACAUUCACUGUUGACGACCCCCAUUGCUCAGAGACAGAAGACUUCUCUAACCCCUCAAUCGCCCAAUUAAAAGACGCUGGCUUCUCGUCACAGAACAAUUGCUUUCUCUUCGAUCAUCUUGGUCGCAGGGACAACAGCAGCCAUUGCACUGACCUUUACCCCGAAGAUCUACUCGAAAUACACGAAGAAUUCGUGUUUGCCCUUCGACAUGCAAUGAAAGCAAAGGUAGAAAUUUGCUGGGGCUCUAAUGUUCGCAAGAGAAUGAUCAAGAAGUGUGAUUUACAACCUCUCCGCCUUUGGGGUGACUAUGCAGGGUUAGUUCUCUACUUAGAAUUGACACCUGGCCGACAAUUUCUGAAACGUUUCAUAAUCUUUGUGGCACACCCUCAGCGCUUCAUGUAUGUCAAGAGUGACGGUAUAAAAGCUCAAGGUUGGCGUCAUCGAUUUGGUGUAUCACAAGACCAAGCGUUAGCCGUCGCCGCUCUGUUAGGUGGCAUUCAAAUCACACCAAACUUUUACACGUUAGAUUCUCGACUACCACGAAACCUCUGUGUACCGCGCAGCACCACCAACGAGAGGAGUACGUGGAAAGGCCAAGCAGUGGCCCAACUGAGGACAGCCUUUCCCACAUCGGUCCUUUCGAUGGAAACAUCACAUUAUGUUCGCCCGACGAAGGAAGAGAGAUCGUCAGUUCAAGAAGCGUUCGCAUUGCUAGGUAAAUUCAAACUGGCCAAAGUGAACGAGGCAGCCAACCUACGAAGUGCCAGUAAUGAUACUCACCUGAGAAAGAAACGACUCCAAAAGAUAGCAGACUAUUGGCACGAGCUCGAGGAAUUAUCAUCUAUAUUCCUACCAAGUGCUAGUACUGCUGUUCAACACGACAAUGCCACGCCUGGGCAAUUUGUUAGUUGCCAUCUGGAAGAUAUUUUCACAAACCUUCAGGGGUCAGAUUGCUGGGAUUGGGAAGACCUUCCUGAUCCUCUAGUUGAAUUUAUACAAGCACAAGAUGGCCUCAAGUUCAACAGACGAGAAAUAUCGUGUCGGAAUGAUCUUGAGCUUGCAUUCAAUCUUCUCCAGAAAUGCAAAGGCAGCCCUGAAACACUAGACAUUCUCACUCUCGCAUUUCUAGUACUGGAUGCUUACGGCUGGCUGAUAAGUCGCCCAAGACUACCUCAGGUUGAUGGCUUGCUUAUACUCCGCGACCCUCCGCACGAUGUUGUCCCUCGGAAAUGUUCGGCGUGCGGGAAACAAUAUCUAGAUGACGCUUUUGCUUACUGGUCUAUGCGUAAUCCCGAAUACUACGUUCUUUGGUAUCGGUUUCGGUCUAAUUGCGGAAGACCAGAUUGCGGAAUGAAAGCGUGCUCGCUUCUACCCCUUAGUAGCCAGAUCAAAUACUUGCGCUCUACUCAGAAGGAACUGAUGGAGAAGCCUCUUGACCGGUUUGAAAGAUGGUUUCUUCUCCGCCCAGAAGAAUUUGGAGACCUCCCCAUUGACGUAAAGGUCAAGUGCCAGACCAAAGAUUGUCAGGAGGUGAAAAUCGUUAAAGCACGGUGGACAGGCCAUGUACCCCCCAGCAUCUCGGGCGCUAAUCUAAGUAGGCUGUGGAAAAGCUUCUGCGUUGUCCCUGGGUUCGAUAUAACUUGCUGUCCACGAAGACCAGAUAUUUACUUCGAUGACAGCUUGACCAUCGACGGUCGGGUCGCCGCUCUGAUCGAGGCUCAAAGGCUGAUGCAGGAUGAACAGGUUGGCGAACUGACUAACUAG